ACACUCACAAACAUAUAGGAGUAGUACUAUAAAAACACUUUCAAAAACCCUUCCCACCUUCCACACUUCUCUUUCUCUUAGCAUCAUUCUUUAUCGUCUCAGGCCAAACCCUUUUACCAAAAAAGCUCUGUUUUUUUCUUCUGGAGUUAAGCAGUUACUCAUAUACUGCUUUAUAGAAUCGUUAAUUCUUUGGAAUUUGGAUGUGGGUUUUGAGUAAUCUUCAAGUGGAGUUUUGUCAUGUGUAGUUCGAAAUCAAGGUGGUUAUUUUUCAAAGUAUUGCAUGUUUGAAAUUGCUCCAGAAGUUUGACUGGAUUGUCUGCAUAUACAAUUCGGGCUCGACUAAUUCCAUGGGAUAUUUGCUACCUCCCACCAACACAGUAUGAUCAUUCAACUUUUAACGGCCAUCUGGUGCAACGCUACUGACAAAAUUUGUUAAGAGGUGAUAGUGUUUCUAAUCAGCGUGUCUUUCAGGACGUUGAGAAAACAAAGUAGGAUCACUAUUACUUUUUGGUGAGUUGAAACAAUAGAAAGAAAGAUGCUGCAACACAAAAGAAGCCCUAUUUCCCUUGAGCAUAGCACCAGCCUCACAUCUCUUACACCAAAACGACUUAAGGCCGAUAUAUCUAUUUCCUCCAAGGAGAAGAAGGAGAAGUUUGGUGAACGAAUAGUAGCUCUCCAGCAGCUGGUGUCGCCAUAUGGCAAGACAGAUACGGCUUCUGUUCUUUUUGAAGCAAUGGGAUACAUAAAAUUCCUCCAUGAACAAGUGAAGGUGUUGAGCGCACCAUACCUCGGAAGCAUGCCAAUGUCUAAGACACAGGAAUCACAACCUUGCAGCUUGAGAAGCAAAGGCUUAUGUCUUGUGCCAGCUUCAUAUACUGUUGGAGUAGUCAGCAGCAAUGGUGCUGAUAUUUGGGCUCCCAUUAAGACCUCACAAAAGUUCUAGAGAAUGAUAUCGGAUCAACUAUCGAUAGCAUCCCAUUUUAAGGUCUUGAAUUAAUAAUAACACAAAGCAUUUCCAAGAAAAGCAGCCGGAAAGAUGCAUCUUCGUCAUGGAGCUGCAGGUAUGGAUGACUUUCCUGGCAGGGUGCACUUGAUUUUAUGUGGUUCAAAUGUCUAAGGAUAACCUACGGCUCGUACUUCUGAUAGAUACUAGUAGCGAGAUCUAAUUUGAGGGCUAAUAUAAGGAUAGGAUGAGCUAUGUGUCCAGGUGUUAACAGAAAUGUAUAUUGAUAAAAGCAAAGUUAUGUAGUGAUCUUAGCUGGAUAUGUAUCAAGGUUGGACUUGUAUUAUAUGAGAAGCAUUGAGAAAGUCUAGAACAACUUAUUAAUUCAGGGACAAUAUUCUUAGCCACUCUCUUUGUUGUUGUUGUUGUUGUUGUUGUAAUGAUGUUCGUUUUGUUUAAA